UUGUGGGAUGUUGGAAUCGAUGUAACCCUGACAGUGGAAAGAGCCUUGCGUGCGCAGCUCAAUUCUCUAAUUAACUCGAGUCGAGAUACUCUGCUGGAGUCGAUCCGUGGGCGUUGGAGAAUUCCGGAACGAGAAGCUGCUUCUGGCAAACCGCACAGCGAUGCGGAGCUCAGGAAACUGGCCGAAGAGGACAGGAACAACCUAAAACUUCGCGGCGAAGAACUUACGAGGCAGGCUUUAGAAAUUUUGACCUUCUGCAAAACAGCAGACACGGAUGAAAUCUUGUUGGAAGUGUCCGCGGGAGUAGGUGGUCAAGAGGCCAUGCUUUUCGCGGGCGAGAUUUUCGAGAUGUACCAAACGUUCGCCGAGAGUCGUGGUUGGAGCGUGGAAAUCAAUGCGAAAGAUAAUUCGGAUAUUGGUGGACUUCGUAGUGGCAUUGCUGAAAUCCGAGGGCCAGGAGCGUACAACAUGUUCAAGUAUGAAGGGGGAAUUCAUCGCGUGCAAAGAGUUCCGGCGACGGAGAAAUCUGGCCGUGUUCACACAUCCACUGUCUCCGUAGCCAUAUUGCCUGUUUUUGCCGAU